CUGGGAACUAGUUAGCACACUGAUUACAUUGUACCGUAUCACCCCAUUUACCUAAUAGCAGGGCUCAACUUCUUGGAUAUGGUGAAGAGAGACCAUUUAUUAUCAGCUGUGCGGAAAUCUCACAUAUCGUCAUGUCCUUCAGUGUGCAUGAAAAUCGCAAGUCCCGCACCAGUAGUGGAUCCAUGAAUUUUUUUUUAUAUCAUAAACUCAGCCAUCCUGAUUGUGUUUUGACCCAUCUCAAUACAAUGCGAAAACAGGGACUUUUUGCGGAUGUGACACUAUGCGCAGGAAAUAGAUCAUUUACAUGCCAUCGAGUGGUAUUGGCAGCCUGCAGCCCAUAUUUUGAGGCCAUGUUUAGCAAUGGAUUGAGAGAGAGUUUGGAUGACACAGUGAACUUUAAUGACAGUCUUCACCCUGAAGUUCUCGAACUUCUACUUGAUUUUGCUUACUCUUCAAAAGUUAUGAUUAAUGAAGAAAAUGCUGAGUCCCUGCUAGAGGCUGGAGAUAUGCUCCAGUUUCAUGAUAUAAGAGAUGCAGCUGCUGAAUUUCUAGAAAAAAAUCUUUAUCCCUCAAAUUGUUUGGGAAUGAUGAUGUUAUCAGAUGCUCAUCAAUGCCGAAGACUAUAUGACAUGUCGUUGAGGGUGUGCCUGGCCAAUUUUGAAACUCUUUACAAUGCUGAUGAUUUUAACAGUCUCUCGAAAGAUAUUUUGCUUGACUUGAUUUCUAGUGAUGAACUUGAAACUGAGGAUGAGCAAAUUGUUUUUAAUGCAGUGCUCCAGUGGGUAAAGUAUGACUUGAACUAUAGAAAAGAUUGUUUUCCUGAAUUGCUAAAAAACAUCAGACUGGCCUUGCUUCCCUCUGAAUCACUCAAACAAGCUAUUGUUUCUGAGGAUUUAAUAAUGGCAGAUGAGCAAAGCAAGCUAAUUAUGGAAGAAGCUGUUAACUGCAAAAAGAAGAUUCUUCAGAAUGAUGGCGUAGUUAUGAGCCCAUGUGCUAAACCAAGGAAAGCGGGUCACACGUUGCUCAUUUUAGGUGGUCAAACAUUCAUGUGUGACAAAAUGUACAGAGUUGAUCACAAGGCUAAAGAGAUAAUUCCUAAAACUGAGCUGCCAAGUCCGAGGAAAGAGUUUAGUGCCUGUGGUAUAGGUUGCAAAGUGUAUAUUACAGGAGGAAGAGGUUCUGAGAAUGGAGUCUCUAAAGAUGUCUGGGUUUAUGAUACAAUCCAUGAAGAAUGGGCCAAGGCAGCCCCUAUGCUCAUUGCAAGGUUUGGACAUGGCUCUGCAGAGUUGGAAAAUUGUCUUUAUGUUGUUGGGGGGCAUACUGCAGUUGCUGGAAUUUUUCCUGCUUCUCCGUCAGUUUCAUUAAAACAAGUGGAGAAAUAUGACCCUUUUACAAACAAAUGGGCAAUGAUGGCACCAUUAAGGGAUGGUGUAAGUAAUGCAGCUGUGGUCAGUGCCAAGUUAAAGGUUUUUGUUUUUGGAGGUACAAGUAUACAUCGAGAUAGAGUGUCCAAAGUGCAAUGUUAUGACCCAAUAGAGAACAGAUGGACUAUUAAGGCAGAGUGUCCCCAGCCCUGGCGGUAUACAGCUGCUGCAGUUUUAGGAAGCCACAUUUUUAUUAUGGGGGGUGACACAGAGUUUACAGCUGCUUCUGCCUAUCGCUUUGACUGUGAAACUAUCCAGUGGACUAGAAUUGGGGAUAUGACAGCAAAACGUAUGUCAUGCCAUGCUUUGGCAUCUGGUAAUAAACUCUAUGUGGUUGGAGGAUACUUUGGGACACAAAGAUGCAAAACGUUAGACUGUUAUGAUCCUACCUCGGAUUCCUGGAAUAGUAUCACAACUGUGCCUUAUUCACUAAUACCAACUGCUUUUGUUAGCACCUGGAAGCACUUGCCAGCAUAAGUCUGCCGUGAAAAUUGAUGCCUUCCAAGAUCACAAAAACGAUUCACCUUUGGUACGGAAUGCCUCCUUUCUCCAAUUGUCUUUUAUAUUAUUAUGAACAAACAUCUUUGUUUCUCAAGUGAAAAGUAUCUAGAAAACUAAUUAAGAACUGGAUACAUGUUGAAAUGGAUUUGGAUAUCUGAGGCAAACAAGGAUUUUAUUUUUUUAUUUUGUUUCCCCCCCAAACACAGAUCAUCCUAUAUGCUGCCAUGGUUUUUAUUUCUUGCAGCAAGGUGCUACUUCCUACCACAAAUUCAUUGGUGAACACAUUUUUUAUGGUUUUUAUUUUAGCGCAUAAAAUGUGAUUCUGACUGAGAAUGGUGACAAAUCUUCACCAAUACACUGAAACACAUCAUAUUUAUUUAUUAUUUUAUAAAAAGUACAUCCUACCUAAAGUAGGACAAAAUGUUCACAGGCAAAUGUCUUUACUCUGAUAAACAUUACAAAAAAGAGCUGCCUACAUCUGUGUUUACUCUAAAUAACCUGAAAAUAAAUGCCUCUGACAAUUACUAGGUUUUAAAUACGUUAUUGCUGGAUUUGUAAACAUAUCUUACAGAUGCUUCAUUUUGGUAACGAAUGUACAGUACAUUUAGGUUCAUAGUAAAAUAUACUAUACUACUAUACUAUUUACUGGGUUAUUUGGUCCCUUUUUCACAAUAUAUAAUAUUCUGCUUAUUAAACAGGAUGUCAUAGUUAGGAGCUGUUAAUUUAACAACAAAAGAUUUUUUGAUUAGGGGGCACAGAGCUUAACCGGAUAUUAAAGCCAAAAUUAAACUUUUAAGAUUCAGAUAAACCACGUAAAUAAUAAAAAAAAAAUCAAAAUUUCCUUUAAUACAGUACUGAAACUAGUUGUUUCCUCUACUUUGAUAACCGGCUCUUACUUUUGUUCUAAUUGAAUUAUGUAGUAGGAAUGCAUUAUUUAACUGAACUGUUCAGUAUUUCAACUAAGUGUCCAGUAAAAUAAAAAAAAUAUAUGCUUA